GGGAGCCGUAGCGGUGCCGCGCGUGCGCAGUGGGCAGUAAGCUGGGCCGCCGCCGCCGUCAUGAGCCGCAGCUACAACGACGAGCUCGCCUUCAUCGACAAGAUCGGCACCAACUGCUGGCGCAUCAAGCAUGGCUUCGUGCCCAACAUGCAGGUGGAAGGGGUGUUUUAUGUCAAUGAGACCUUGAAAAAUUUGAUGUUUGAUGAACUUCGAAACUCGUGCCGUGGGGGAGGUGUGGGUGGCUUCCUGCCAGCUGUGAAGCAGAUUGGCAACGUGGCAGCCUUACCGGGGAUAGUCCAUAAAUCCAUUGGGCUUCCUGAUGUCCAUUCAGGCUAUGGGUUUGCAAUUGGGAACAUGGCAGCGUUCGAUAUGGAUGACCCACAGGCUGUCGUAUCCCCAGGUGGCGUGGGUUUUGACAUCAACUGCGGCGUGCGGUUGCUGCGUACCAACCUCGAUGAGGGCGACGUGCAGCCGGUCAAGGAGCAGCUGGCGCAGGCCAUGUUUGACCACAUUCCCGUCGGAGUUGGAUCCAAAGGGGUCAUCCCAAUGGGAGCCAAGGACCUGGAGGAGGCUUUGGAGAUGGGAGUGGACUGGUCCCUGCGGGAAGGCUACGCCUGGGCCGAGGAUAAGGAGCACUGUGAAGAGUACGGGCGGAUGCUGCAGGCGGAUCCGUCCAAAGUCUCCGCCAAAGCCAAAAAGCGAGGAUUGCCUCAGCUGGGGACGUUGGGGGCUGGCAACCACUACGCUGAGAUCCAAGUGGUGGAUGAGAUCUACAAUGACUACGCGGCCCGCAAGAUGGGCAUCGACCACAAGGGCCAGGUCUGUGUCAUGAUUCACAGCGGCAGCAGAGGCUUCGGGCACCAGGUCGCCACAGACGCGCUGGUGGCCAUGGAGAAGGCGAUGAAGAGAGACAACAUCAUCGUCAAUGACCGGCAGCUGGCCUGCGCCAGGAUCAACUCUCAGGAAGGCCAGGACUACCUGAAAGGCAUGGCGGCAGCUGGGAACUACGCCUGGGUCAACCGCUCCUCCAUGACCUUCCUCACACGCCAGGCGUUUGCCAAAGUGUUCAACACUGCACCGGACGACCUGGACAUGCACGUGAUCUACGACGUGUCUCACAACAUAGCCAAGGUGGAGGAGCACGUGGUGGAUGGGAAGCAGAAGACCUUGUUGAUCCACAGGAAGGGAUCUACACGAGCCUUUCCCCCUCAUCACCCUCUCAUCCCCGUCGAUUAUCAGUUAACUGGACAACCCGUCUUGAUUGGUGGGACAAUGGGUACGUGUAGCUAUGUCCUCACGGGCACGGAACAAGGAAUGACCGAGACGUUCGGGACCACCUGCCACGGAGCGGGCCGGGCCUUGUCUCGUGCAAAGUCCCGACGUAACCUCGACUUCCAGGACGUGCUGGACAAGCUUGCAGACAAGGGGAUAGCAAUUCGCGUGGCUUCACCUAAACUAGUCAUGGAAGAAGCUCCUGAAUCCUACAAGAACGUAACUGACGUUGUGAACACUUGUCACGAAGCAGGAAUUAGCAAAAAAGCUAUUAAACUGCGACCAAUUGCAGUUAUAAAAGGCUGAUGGAAGCACCUUGAUAAUUUAAAUUUAAAAUUCCUUUAAAUUAUGAGCUGACUACCAUAAUAAAAUUCAUGUACCCUU